CCAUGGUUACCUGUACGUGAUCCGGACGGCAGCUGCCGCCGCCGCUCAGUGAACAGUUGAGUUCCGUUUAAAAUAGUUUAUAACGUUUAAAUGUUGGGAAGAAAAUGAAAGCGGCCGCUGUUCUCACGGUGACGGAGGAGCGCCGGCACCCGCCGCUCGGUCCGGUCUACUACACCGUACCGUCUGAGGUGGACCGCGCCAGAACCAGAUGCAGGACCGUCCCGUUCCAGAACCACACAUUUAGAAAAGUGUUGGACUUUGCCUCUAUGUUUAGUGAACAUCCAAACUACACUGUGAAAGUGGACCCUGCAGAUCCAGGACCGGCCUUCACAGAUCCAGACCAGCUCAGAUGGACACAGCAGCCACAGACCGGGAAAAACCAGCAGACGUGGCAGAUAAAGGAGUGCAGAGUAACCGGAGCAGAUUACUGGAAAUAUUUCAAACGUCCUCUGAAUCCUUCCUCACACCAGCUUCUUCCACAUGUGGUGUUUGCACAGGAGGAUUUGGAGAUCCCUGGUCAGCAGCCCACCCACUUUACUGUCGGGGUCCAGACUGACUACAGAGAGAGUGAAACACAGACGGACCCUUACAGUCCAGGAUACGUCAUCAGACGCGGGGCGACAGCUUCAGAGCUCCUGCAGCUGGCCGCCCUUAGCUGGGGUCGUGGUUUGCCAGCAGGCCUGGACGAGGUGGAAAUGAUAGAAUGGGGGCGAGAAAAACGGGCUUGGGAGGCCCGCCUUCCCCCCCUGGAUGACAAGAGCCAGCUGAAGAAGAGGAGGCGCAUGCUGGAGGAAAUCCUGGCCAAGGAGUGGGCUUUGAGAGACGUCAAAAUUCAAAAGCUGCAGGAAGCUCGACUGGCUUUGCUGAAAGACCAGCUGAGGCGGAGACAUGAAGCUCAGGAGAACUCCACUUUUCAGAGGAUCAACCAGAUGUAUGCAGAGUAUGAAGAGGAGAAGGAGACCAGGCUGCAAAAAAUCCACAACGACUACCUGAGGUCUCUGAGGAAGCUGGAGGCUAAGAGGAAGACGGCGGAAGGGAAGCGAUUGGACAUCGUCACUGAAUUCCAGAGAUACGUUCUGACCGACAGCAGAACCAACAAGUCUGGAAGCCAAAACUCCCUUACCAAUAAAGGUGAGCAAAUUCAGGCAGAACUCCAUCAGUCGGUUCCUAAACCAGGGAUUAAAAUACACAAACCCAAAGUUGCUAAUAAUCCGAACCAGAUUCGUGUGGGUAAAGCUGUGGAUUUACUUCUGGAAUACAAGGCUCAGAUAGAGGAGAAGACCCCCGAGAAAAAAAGACCUCUGCGUUUUCUUGUGAAAAAAAAGAAGCUCACUCCCGUCUCUGCCAGGGAGAAAUCUCCCCCACAAUCAGAGGAGCAGACAGAACUCGCUGUAAUCGUCUUGCAGAAGCUCCUGAGAGGACGGCGAAUGCAGCAUGAGAUGUGUGAGGGCGUGGAGGACAGCCGGGAUUUCAUGCGAGAGUUACGGACUGUCCACUCCAUCCACAGUGAGGAGCAGGAGCUGCUCAAAGCGGACAAGGAGCUCGUAAUGAGACAGAAAGACCAGAGAGACCGACAGAGACAGAAGGCUUCUGAAGAGGAGGCCAUUCACAGGGGGGUCGUCGGCGCGGAGCAAGAACUCCUGUUCGACACUUUGUCCAAAGAGAUGGUCCGUCUCCAGGAGGAGCGCAGGCUCCAUGCUUUCGCCCUGCUGGCGGACAGGGAGCGCCGCCGAAGGGAGGCCGAGGAAAGCGGGAGGAGGCAGGAGGAGGAGCGCAGACGCAGAGAAGAGGACGAGAUCUUCAGACAAGUCGUACAGGUGCACCAGCAGAGUGUGGACAUGUACUUGGAGGGCAUUAUUUUGGAGACUCUGGACAAGAUGUCCCAUGAGAAAGCCAGGGAGGAGAUCCACGAGAAGUUGAAGGAGCUAAAUGAAAUCGCCUACGCCAUGGAGAAAAGUCUGGACGAACGUCAGUCAGAGGAGAUCGUGUCGGAGCUGCUGCACAGCCACCUCAUCCCAGGGGUGGAAAAGAGCAUUUUCUGGCAAAACGUGCGGCGCAAGCAGCGUAAACAUCUGCAGGCGGCUCAGAGCGUCAUUCAGGAGAUCAUAGCACCUGGUGGCGCCCUCUCAACUGCCCCACGCUCCACCUCCCCCGGGGCAACUUCAUCUACCGAAGGCGAGGAGGACCAGAGCAGACCCGAAACAGCGGGACACCAAGAAUAAAAUAUGCCGAAUUGGG